AUGUGUGCACUCCUGGGCUCCUCAGUCCUCUGCAAUUCACACAGGAAACACCAGAGAAUGGGUGAAGGAAAAGCAUUUGUGUCAAAUGGGAAGUUCUGCUUUGUCCUGUGUGGCUGGAGGGUGGGAGCCCUGAUGGCUCUGUGUGUCCUGCAGCAGGCUCGAGGUCAUGUUCAGCUUCUCCCUCCUCAAAACGUGACCCUGCUGUCCAGGGAUUUUGCCAUGAUUUUGACCUGGGCUCCAGGGGAAGGCUCUCCCCCAGAUGUGACCUACACUGUGAGGUAUGAAAGCCAGGACCGCCUGGACAAAUGGAGGAAGGUUCCUCACUGCAGGAACAUCCCCAGGUCCUUCUGCAAUCUGACUUGUGCCCUCUCCAACCUCUACGUCAAGGUGCGGGCUCGGGUGAAGGCGGUCUGGGGCCGGUCCCAGUCGCCCUGGGUGAAAUCCCAGUUCAAGGAUUACUACUCAGAUGUGGAACUGGCUCCCCCUGUGCUCACCCUGAAGGUCAGGGACAAUUCCAUCCACGUCAGUGCCUCCUUCCCUCUGCCCACCUGUGUGGAGAACCUCACCUGGAAGUAUGACCUGAACCUCUGGGAAGCAGGAUCUGAAGACAAGCAGAAGAAAUACGAGGGUUACUUCAGGAAGGACACAGUGACCAUCAACACCACUGCCCUCAGAGGCAACUACUGCUUCAGUGCCAGGGCUGUCUAUGAAAGCAUCAACGUGAAGCACAGUGAAUUCUCCCAGCCUGUGUGUGUGCUGUUAAACCACAAAGCACAGUGGAAGUUCCCACUUCUGGUUGUGAUCCCUCUGUUUGUCCUCCCCAUCUUUGUGGCCAGUCCCUUCAUCUGCUGCCUGGUGAAGCAGGAGGCCAAGCAAAGGAAGAUGCCUCAGGUUCUGGAUUUCUCUCAAUUUAAAGCUGCUGGACCAACCUUCCCCCUGGGGCUUGGUGAAAAGGAAUUCUGCAGUGAUGAUCUGAGCUGCUCAGAGGAGCCAGUGCCUCAAAGGAGGACAAACAGAGCUUUAGGAGGACACCAGCUGCCACGGAGGGCUUCUUUCCCAUCAUCAUCAUCACUGUCAUCAUCGUGGUCAGAGGAUGAGGAGGAGGAAGGCAGCAGCACUUUGAUCCCAUACCACGAAAUGCCUCGGUAUCCAAAGAGAGGUCUCAGCUCUCAGCCAGCCCCAGCAGCUCUGGGGGAAAUCCUGGAUUCAGGGUCUGGAGAUCUCUCUGUGGCAUCUGUGCUUGACCUCAGAGCCCUGGGUUUCACCCUCCUUGCAGAGAGGAAGGGUGAGAGGGACACCUCAGGGUCCCAGGCACACGAGGAGCCCUCCCUGUACCUCUGCUCCUCCUUGGACAGGAUCUCCCUCGCUGAUGUGACGUUCCCAGGUGCCCCAGAGCAGGGCCAGGACCAUGGACACGGGGACGAGAGGCUGGGGACGAGCCCCCUGCAGCCCCUGCUGGGGGGGAUUGGUGCUGAACCCCACGAGCUGAACCCCAGGAAGGUUCCCCAUCCCUGCAGGGGUUACCAGAAAUCCAUCCCUGAUCCCAGCAGGCAGCUGCUCAUCCCCCUGUGGACACUGCAGCUGGCAGAGGAUGAAGGCAUUGCCAGUGACUGUGGCAGUGACAGCUUCACAGAGGGGACCCCUCCCGAGCCCACAGUGCUCAGUGACGCUUUUGGGACUUCAGGUACAGAGGGAAAAUGUGAUCCAAAGCUGCAAUUCCCAGGCUAUGAGCACUCACAUUACUUGGGAAGGAUCUGAAGUGCCCAGCAGGUCUGGGCAGUGCCUGGAAAUCCUGGGGAGCUCCAGAUGUCCAAGCAAGGAUCCUUGAACAAGGACGAAAACUGAUGUCUGACCUAUCAAGGCAAUGGCUUCAGGGACACAAAAGUGCAAUUUAUUGCUAAGUCACCUCUGUGCUGUCACUGUCAGGGGUGGGGAGGCAGGGACACCUCUGAGGGAGCCCCCAGCAAACAGACCCACUGCCUGUGGGUCACCUCAGACUCCAGAACAAGGGCCUGAAAAUGCAGUGUUGUGCCUGCACGUGCAUCUGGAGCACAUUUUGAACUGCUUUGUAUCACUUUUGCUUCCCUGUAAGUCCAGAGCUUGAGUGGAAGUUCCUUACAGAGACAUUCAGCAAGAUCUGGUUUUUGUGGCAGGAAGGGUUCUCCACCUCAUCCUGCAGAAAUCACCUUCUGUGUUCCAGCAGAGGGAACUGAAGCCAAAGUGUGCA